AUGCCUAUUAAAACGACGCUUGUAAAAAUAAACAGGAACGCCGGGAUGGAACACCAUCGAGGCGAGUUGGCAGACAAGGCCGUUCUGGACAAACGAGUUUGUCCUGGAUGCGGGGCCGAGCAAUCCUACGAUGAGGCAGUCUUCGUUACGAAGUGUCGUUUUGAUAUGGGAAAGCGCACCACACAGAAGAAGCUACAGAGCAUACGCUAUAUCACGAGGUUGGUGUCAGCAUUAGUCACGGUCGACACCUAG